UCUAAUACCCUUUUCAGUCUUCACCUACUCUCCCUCCCAAACAGGAAACCGAGAGAGAGAGAGAGAGAGAGAAAACAGAGCAAGAAAUGGGGAGGCGAAAGAUAGAAAUGAAGAUGGUGACAGACCGAAGCUGCAGGCAAGUCACCUUCUCGAAGCGCCGGACCGGACUCUUCAAGAAAGCCAACGAGCUCGCCACCCUCUGCGCCGUCCAGAUUGCCAUCAUCGUCUUCUCCCCCGGCGGCAAGCCCUUCUCCUUCGGCAACCCCGGCGUAGAGCCCGUCGUCGGCCGAUUCCUAAAUCGGGGCGACGAACACCACGACGGCCAGCAGAGGCCGCGGCUACCGAGAGAUUCUGGCGGCCGCCGCAGACGAAAUCAGGAAUUGAAAUUAGAACCCUCGGGCUCCGCCACCGGCCGGAGCGAGAGGCUGGUGGAGGAGUUGAACGGGAUCCAGAGGCGGAUCCAGCUGGAGAAGAAGAGAGGCGAGGCGCUGGAGAAGGCGGUGGCGAGAGCAAAGGCAUCGGCGGCGGCGGAAGGCGGUUCGAAUUCUUUGAUCUCAAUAUCUGUGGAGGAGAUGGGGAUGGAGGAGCUGGUGGAGAUGAGGAGGAGGCUGGUGGAUCUCCGGGAACAGCUGGACGGGCGGGCGGUGGAGAUGGAGGCGUCUUCGACUCUGUUGCUUCUGUCGAAUAAAUCUGAGGCGGCGGGGGAUAGUCGCGGCGGCAGCUGGGGCGGCGGCCGCCGCCGUCGCUCGGUUGCUAAAUGGAGGGAUUGAUGUUGCGUAGGGGGGGAAUUUGGGUUAUGCGGAAAAUAGUCAUUGUUAUGUAGAACGAGAAUUAUUAUGAGUAUUAAAUUACAUAAACAAUG